GAGCUCAUGAAAACCAAUCAAUGUUGUUACAGUUGAGGUUGAUAAUUCAUCGUGUUACCUCUUUCUCUUCGCACCAGAAAACGGAACCCCGCCGAGGCAGACGACGCACCGAGCCUUUGCUUUGAUACCAGAGAUGUCGCAAAACGCAAGCUCGGCUAGCGGUGUCGCCAUGGCCAGCCCAUUCAACCUGAUGUGGCUUAUCAGCGUGUCCCUCGAUGGUCCGCUCGCACUUCUCGGCCUCUUCUUCACCACGUCCUUGCCUUUGGUCGAGAUGACGAACACUACGAUCGUCUUUGCAAAGCUGCUCUCCAUCGUGCUACUCGCUCUCAGCGUAGCCUCCAUCCUCGUCGCAGGCCUACCAGACUUCUUGCCAGGCAAGCGUGCACUGGCACUCGUUCUCGUCAUCUACCACGCGGGUUUCUCGACUAUCCUCCUUCAGGCGCCUCGUUUCGUCCCCGUAUCCUUUGGCGAUAUGGCCGAAAGGCUGAACAUCACGCCGGAACGGACGCUGGGCUGCAUGCAUGGUGUUGUUGCACUACUUGUAACAGGCUGGUGGCAGGUCACCCUUCCGGCGGUCGCGGCGGCGAAAGCUGGCAAGCCCGUGUGAACGAGCUUAUCGGCAGAUGUGCUAGGAAUUAAAUACCAGCACACGUGAUCUCAAGGACUGAACCACAAUCUAUCAUCUUCUGCUUGAUGUGCCCCGUCCUACUCUUUCUGCUACCUGUGGCCGAAAUGAGACUCGAAAUGCGGUGGUGAGCAUUCCUGCUAGCGUGGAUUGGCUUUCGUAAGCGCCGAGUGAAUUACAGACCAAGGACCCUCGGGCAACCUGCCUCUCUGACGACUGCAGAUUGUUGAUGAGGGCGUAACGAUAUGGCCCAUGGGUAGCAGCAGGAAUCUAAAGCUACAU